AUGAUCUAUAUAUUGACCGUUUGCCAGGGAACCAUUUUCGAUGAGACUACCUACGAGCUAGAAUCCAAUUCCGACGCUAUCAACAUCGAAGUCAACAUCAGUGUUCUAAACCGAGCCCUACGCUCCGCCUGGGGCUCAACACAUACACAGCUUCGCCUAACUAAAAAAGACAAAACUCCCCUCUUGGCACUCACAGUCCUCUCAUCAGAAUGGACAGACGGAAACAUGGCCUUGGCUACCAACAAUGACGCAGAUGGCAUGGGCAACCCCAACCCAGCAGCUCCAGCCGACACAACAGGCGAUCGAGGACCACGCGAGCGCCAGACAUGGAUCACGCAAGAAAUCCCCAUCAAGAUCCUCCACGAGUCAGCAGUCGAAGGCCUGCACGAGCCACACUGCCCAGACCCCGAAGUGCAUAUCAUCCUACCCAAUCUAGCGCAGCUGAAAAGCAUAUCCGAUCGCUUCACGAAACUAGCAUCCACAGAUAGUAAAAGCCGACAACCCGGCGUGAUGGCGCCUGAUGCGCCGGGUAUGCAGUCUGUUUCUUUCAGCACGGUGGGCGCUAGCACAGCUGCCACGGCACUGUCCACCAACUCAUCUCCCAAGCUUGAACUAUCUGCUAAUAUGCACGGCUCGCUACGGCUUGCUAUUGCUACGGAUGAGUUGCGCAUUGCGAGUGUCUGGACUGAUCUCGUGAACCCGCCUUUGGACCCUGCGCAGAUGAGCCAGGAGCAGAUGAGCCAGCUUCCAAGUGAGCUUAAUCGGAAACGGGAGGCGAGUGAGGGAUUCGAAUCUGGUUGGGCUAAGGUGCGAAUUGAUGGAAAGGAUUGGAGUCGCGUGCUCAGUAUUGGGAGACUCAGUCCUAAGGUUGUUGCCUGUAAGCUUUCUUCAUGA